AUGUCAAGGAAACAGAAGAGAACGAAAUGGACAGAAGAAAUGAAUAGGGAUGUUUUAGAAUGCAAAGAAAGAGCUCAAGAAUUAAAAUCAUCAGAAAAUCCAUCGUUAAAUGUUAACAAGUCAACGGGCAGGAAGAUAGGCUAUAUACAGCUCAUGAAGCAACUUUGGGAAGAACGAGGUUAUGCAAGCUUGGGCCUAACUGGACAAAACUUAAGAGAUCGAGCUUCGAAGCUUCAAAAGAUUCAGGUUCUUCCAACAUUUGGUUGUGAUAAUGAAUCGUAUAAAACUCAGGAAGGCGAAAUUGCUGAAGUAAGCGGCGGAAUCAACGAACUGAGACCGGAGUCAAAUUUGCAUAACAUUACUAUUGAGCAAGUCCCAGAGGAAUUAAGAAAUGAUGAAGAGAGUUCAUCACGCAAUUUGCUGCCAAAUUUGCCCGAGAUUAACGUGUUGCCAUCCCAAAUAAAAGAGAAAAUGCGGGGGAAAAUAACGCACCGAGAAUUGUGCUGUGAAGUGGGCGAGAUAUACGAUGAAAUCGUUCACUUCCGAAGAAACAUUUUUAAAAUCCCGUCCGGUAGAGCAGGCAAAGAUUACAUAACUGAAUUAACUUACUGGCUCAAACAAUUUAACUCCAAUGCUGAGUUGAACUCAAUUGCAUUAAAAGUAUUUAUGAUACUUCCUUCGCUGAUUUUGCAGAAGCCGUCUGCAAAGUCUAAGAGUAAAGAGCAUAGUUCAGCUAUCGAUCGCAGAUUACUCCUAUGGAGACAAGGCGACGUAUCACUACUAAUGAAAGAAGUAAGAUUUAUUCAAAAGAAAUUUAAAUCCUCGAGGAAGGCUAGAUCUAUGGAAGAUGUGUCUAAAACCUUUGCAAAAUUGGUCAUGCAAGGAAAAAUCACGGCUGCUAUAAAGAUGUUAGAUAAAGAGAGUUUAUCCAGUUUAUGUAAUCUAUCGCCAGAAGUCAUUAAAGAGCUUAAACAGAAACACCCAACAGCUGCAGAGGUGCAAGAGGGGAGCCUUUUGUAUGGGCCGAUGGAUUAUGUUCCACCAAAUACUUUCGAUUUGAUUGAUGAGCAGACCAUCUACAACGCAGCGUUAAAAACAAAAGGUUCGGCAGGGCCCUCGGGAAUGGAUGCCGAACUAUAUCGAAGAAUCGUGUGUUCAAAAAGUUUCAAGACCGAGGGAAAACUCCUAAGAGAGGAAAUAGCCAUAAUGACGAGAAAUCUGCUCAAGUCUUCAUACCAUCCCUCCCUAUUAGAGGCCUUUACAUCAUGUAGAUUGAUUCCCCUUGACAAGAAUCCUGGAAUUAGGCCAAUAGGUGUAGGCGAAGUACUGAGGCGAAUUAUCGGCAAAACUGUGUCAGCUUUUUUCAAAGAAGAGUUGAAACAAGCAGCGGGCCCGCUACAAGUUUGUGCUGGGCACAACGCGGGCGCUGAAGCCGCGAUACACGCAAUGAGCGAGAUCUUUGCUGAAGCUGAAACAGAUGGAAUACUUCUAAUCGACGCAAGUAAUGCUUUCAACCAAAUGAAUCGCUCCGUGGCAAUGCAUAAUAUCCAGAUUACUUGUAAUGAAAUCUCGCAGUAUCUUAUCAACACCUAUAGAAGUCCUUCUAGACUUUUUAUUUGUGGUGGAGGGGAGAUACUGUCUCAAGAAGGCACCACUCAAGGUGACCCUUUGGCCAUGCCUUGGUAUUCAAUCAAUACAUCAACCAUCAUACAAUCACUGAGACUCGCUAGCCCAGACGUCAAACAAGUUUGGUUGGCUGAUGACUCAGCAGGGGGAGGAACGAUUGCAGCGCUCUAUAGUUGGUAUCGUUAUCUGUGUGAAGAAGGCUUGAAGUAUGGAUACCAUGUAAACGGUUCUAAGAGCUGGCUGAUUGUUAAAUCACAACUUCUGGCGUCAGAAGCAGAACGGGUGUUUGGAAGCGAGGUGAAAAUAACAACUGAAGGAAGGCGACAUCUGGGCGCAGUUAUUGGUUCUACAAAUUACAAAGAAGAGUACUGCAACGAAAAGGUCAACAGUUGGAGAGAAGAAAUCGAAGCACUAAGUGAUAUUGCAAAAAGUCAACCUCAUUCAGCCUAUGUUGCUUUCACAAAGGGCUUCAAAUCGAAGUUUACAUAUUUUAUGCGAACGAUAAGCUCCUUUGAAGAUUAUAUUAACCCUAUCGAGGAAGCCAUAAGUGAGUUGUUUCUCCCAGCCUUGUUCGGCCAAGAAGAGCCUCUGCCUGAAGAAUUGCACGAAGUUAUCACACUGUCCCCUGCACAAGGAGGUUUAGGGAUACCUGCAUUAAGUGAAGAAGCGCCACAACAGUACGCAGCAUCGACGUCAAUAACACGUCCACAUGUGGAGGCAAUAUUAUCGCAAUGCACUUCCAUGCCAGAGAUCACUAAUGAGAUAAAAAACGAACAGCAGUCAAUCAAGAGGGCAAAUGCCAAUGCAAAAAGAGAACGUAUCGACGAGUCUCUCCCAGCCGAUCUCCUACUUCUUGUUAAACAAGCGCGGGAUAAAGGAGCAAGCUCAUGGUUAAAUGCUAUACCGGUUGAAGAACAAGGUUUGACCCUCAACAAAGAAGAAUUUAAGGAUUCGAUAAGAAUGCGGUAUGGCAUGCCAUUGCCCGACUUGCCAAGUCAUUGCGUUUGUGGGUCUGCAUUUUCCGUCAACCACGCAUUAUCGUGUAAAAGAGGAGGUUUUGUGGCCCGAAGGCAUGACGGUGUUCGUGAUUUACUGACCACGCUGCUCAGCAGAGUAUGCAACAACGUGGAAGCCGAACCGAAAAUCAUGCCAUUGGACAAUGAACAAUUCCGUUUACAGUCCACCAACAGAAGCCCGGAUGCGCGAUUGGAUAUCAAAGCUGGCGAGUUUUGGGCAAGAGGAGUUACAUCAUUUUUUGACGUCCGUGUAUCGCAUGUAAACUCCCAAUGUCAUCAAAACAAAGCCACAUCUGAUAUCUUUAAGGAACAAGAAGCCGAGAAGAAAAGAAAGUACCAACAGAGAAUCUUAGACGUGGAAAUGGGAACAUUUACGCCUUUAGUCUUUGGAACGAAUGGAGGAGUUGGAGACGAAUGCCAGAAAUUCUUAAAGCAUCUUGCCGAGAAAUUGUCGAGGAAAAACGGAGAAGAUUACGCAACAGUUAUUACCUGGAUCAGAACAAGAUUGUCUUUCGAAAUAUUGAAAUCAGUGCAUUUGUGCACGAGAGGAUCUAGAUCGCCAUUUCGUGCGAAAGAUGAACAUAUAGACGAGUUCAAAUUAAACUCUGUUACAGCAGAGGUUUUUUAA